AUGAAACCCGCAGUUGCUUCCCUAAGAAAGGAAUUCAUCGUCAACGUUAGGAGCAACCAGAUACCGGACAUAACCUUUUUGCCGUCUCUGAACUCUUACGCCUUCGUUAAUGGCAUUGAAGUCGUUUCAAUGCCGGAAAAUCUCUACAUUCGCGGCAGUGAUUAUCAAAUCCCACUAGUCCCGAACCAAAUAUCAUUCAAUAUUGAUAACACCUCUGCUCUUGAGACUCUCUAUCGAUUAAAUGUUGGCGGUAAUGAGGUCUCAAUAACCGAUGAUACCGGAAUGUUUCGUUUAUGGCUUUCGGACGAUGCUUACACCUACGCAGCUUAUGGGUUUACACCUCACAGGGAAGUCCCAAUCCAGUAUACAAAGGACACACCACCUUACACUGCACCGAAGAUCGUUUACACAACCACAAGGACCAUGGGCAACCAAAGUCUAACAUACAAUCUGACAUGGAGAUUUCCUGUUGAUUCUGGGUUUUAUUAUCUUCUCAGACUCCAUUUCUGCGAGAUUCAAUUGGAAGUGACCCUUGAGAACCAAAGGGUUUUUAUAAUAUACAUCAACAAUCAAACGGCACAGAGAAGAGCAGAUGUUAUCCACUGGAGUGGUGGCACUGGAAUCCCGGUGUUCAAAGAAUACGUCAUCAUGGUCACCGACCCAGAUGGUUGCCGGAACAAGCAAGACUUGUGGCUCGCUAUGUACCCUAAGCUCGACUCUAGACCCGAGUACGGUGAUGCUAUAUUGAAUGGUUUAGAAAUCUUCAAAUUGAAUAGAACAGACGAUAGUCUGGCAGGGGCAAACCCUGAACUUGUACUCAGUCCACCGCCGGGACCAUUCACCUUGUCACCGCAGAAGAAGAACAAUAAAAAAGCACCUAGGUUGCCGGUCAUUAUCAGCAGCGUAGUCGGAGGAGGGUCUGUUCUAGUCUUGAUCUUGGGUUUCUUGAUUUUCCGACGACGGAUGAGAGUGAAAGACUUGGGCUCAACACAGCCCAAGUCGUCGUGGGUCCCCUUAUCUGACGGUUCAAAGUCCACAAAAACCAGCGGUUCAUCACUAUCGUGUGAUCUAUGUAGACGCUUUUCACUUGAGGAGAUCACAUCUGCUGCAUGCAACUUGGCAGGAGGAUUUGGUAAUGUAUAUAAAGGCCACAUCGACAACGGUGCAACCACCAUUGCGAUCAAACGAUUGAACCCAUCACCAAAUCAAGGGGCCCGUGAGUUCCAAACAGAGAUCGGUAUGCUAUCGAAGUUACGCUACCUCCAUCUGGUGUCGUUGAUCGGUUAUUGUAAGGACAACCGUAAGAUGAUCUUAGUGUAUGAUUAUAUGGCCAAUGGUACCCUCCGUGAUCAUCUUUACAAAUAA